AUGCUGCACUUGGGCAGUGCCAAGAUUGCCCGGUUACACUUGGCAUGUGGAAAUACCACGGAACAAUAUGAAGAUGAAAGCUCCCAUGGCGAGAAGGCCAUUGCUGCCGCCAAGCCCAAAGCAGUUGCAAAGCCGAAAGUUAUGGCGGGUGUGAAGAGAAAGGCGGCCAAGAAGCCGAAGUUGAAGCCCGCGACGAAGGCAGUGAAGACCUCUGCCAAAGCGACGCCCAGGAAGAAAGCUGUGGAGAAGGUUGCCGCCGCGAUGCUGAAGAAGAUGCCGGCGAAGAAGCCGAAGAGCGUGAAGACGUGGAUGAAGAAAGCCAAGAAGUGA